AUGAAGCGGAACGCGCUCCUGCUCCUCGCGCUCGCCGUCGUCGCAAAGGCCGGCUCCGAGAGCGGCGCCGUCAGCGCCGGCGGCGACUCCUUCGACUCCGCGUGCACGGACUCGACGACGUGGCACAAGAAAGGCGACGACGAGAAGAACUGCGCCUGGGUCGGCAAGAAGGCGGCGAAGCGCUGCACGGCCAAGGUCAAGUCCGAGGACGGCGUCCUGGCCAGCGUCGCCUGCCCCGUGGCCUGCGACACCUGCCUCCUGAUCUGCGAGGAGGCGAAGCAGGACCUGGACCAGCACUCCUCUCUGUGA